AUGGCUGAAAUAAUACCGACUAGCAACGAGGAACACUCGAUCAAGCCUGUGCAGAUCCUCUCCAUGGGCAUGCUCAGAACAGGCUCGGCGUCCAUCACCAAGGCCUUGACGAUCCUGGGCUACAAAAACGUCCACCACGGCAUCUCGGCCAUCGCGGACCGGCAAAAGUUUGCCCUCUUCUCCGCCGCCGCCGACGCGCACUUUUCCACGCUGCCCACCUACACGGGCCAGCCCUUUUCGCGCGCCGACUGGGACGCGCUCUUUGGCGACUGCGAGGCCGUCACCGACAUGGGGUCCUUUUUCGCGCCGCAGCUGAUCGCCGCCUACCCGGACGCCAGGGUCAUCCUCGUCGAGCGCGACGUCGACCGGUGGCUGGAGAGCACAGACGUGGCGAUCUUCCAGACCACCUGGGGCUGGCGGAGCUGGUUUGUCGCGGACGUGCUGGGUAGAAUGAUGGGGUUGACGGGGCACUUGACGAUUCGCAAGCUGCUGUUGGGGUUCUUCGAGGCGAGGAACGUGAGCGAGGUGAGGGCGCAUGCCAAGGCGAGGUACCUGAGGCAUAAUGCCGAGGUGAGGGCCGCGGUGGAGCCCGAGAGGCUGCUCGUGUUCGACUUGGAGGAUGGCUGGGAGCCGCUGUGCAGGUUUCUCGGGAAGGAUGUCCCUGACGUGCCGUUCCCCGUGGUGAACGAGCGAAAGGAGCACGUGGAGCGGGUCAGGAGGAAGCAGAAGGCGUUUGUGGGAGUGGUUCUGGGCAGGUUUGCCAGGUCGGCAAUCCCGUGGGCUCUUGGGGUUGGAGCUAUUGCCGUAUGCGUUGUCUGCUUGGACACGGGCAAGAAAUGCUGGGUUUCCAGGGCAGCCGCUGCUGCUCUAAGGCUCAGGAGGAUAUAA